CCUAGCACGCUUGCCUUACUAUUUUUAGCUUCUCUGUUGCUACCUCUGUAGCUGCUGUUGGCUUUGACAUCGUUACAGCAUUAUUUCUCCUGUCACUUAUUUUUGUUAAUAACAGUUUAAUUUAAAUUAUACAUAUGCCACCGUGCAUCGGGUCUUUUUUUUAUUGAGUCAUAUGUUUUUAAUUAGCAGCAAUAGCUUUGACAUAGCACGGUGUGCUAAACAGGAAUUUAUUUAAGUGUUUUGAAAAGGAUGGGUAUUUUGUCUACCACAGUGCUCCUCCUUUCUCUGUCUUUGUUAGCGUGUUUAUACAAGGAUCUUUUGUUCAACAAUGAAGGCAGACUCGUUAGGUCAGGUCAUUUUGAUCAUUAUGAAGUCAUGCUACGUAAAAAGCCUGGUUAUUCUUAUCCCAGAGAACCAAAGAGUGACAUCCACCGAGAUAUUUCCCAAACAACCGAAAAUUCCAGAGAACCUGAAUGCACCACAGCUCCAGAGAGUCGGUUUGACUGUGGCAGGGACAGGUUGUUGAGCCAAGAGGAGUGUGAGGACAGGGGAUGCUGCUAUGCUCCUCUACCUGGAUCUGCAGGACCACCCUGGUGCUUCUUCCCUGCCCUGUACCCAGGCUAUGACAUGGGACCCCUCACCCCCAGUAAGAAGGGUCAGACUGCCACCCUGACCAGGGCCAGCCCUUCCUAUCUCCCCAAAGAUAUCGUCACUCUGAGCCUGGAAGUCAUAGCGGAGACUGCAAGCUGCUUUCACGUUGUUUUAAAGGAUCCAUCCUCUCAGCGGUAUGAAGUCCCCCUCCCAGCUGGUAGCUUUCAGACAGAAACAUAUGCCCAGGAUGUUCUCUACACAACCGAAUUCCAGCAUGAUCCCUUCGGUUUCAUAGUGCGACGCAAGUCCAAUGGAAGGGUUCUUAUGAACACCACAGUUGCUCCCUUGCUGUUUGCUGACCAAUACCUGCAGCUGUCCACCUCUCUGGCCUCCUCCUUGGUGUCCGGCCUUGGAGAACAUUACACCUCUCUCGUCCUGGACCUCAACUGGACAUCAUGGACUCUUUGGAACAGAGACAUGGCACCACAUGCUGACGCUAACCUCUACGGCUCCCAUCCAUUCUACAUAGUGCAGGAAGAUGACGGCUUAGCACAUGGGGUUUUUCUUCUCAACAGCAAUGCAAUCGAAGUGAUACUGCAGCCAACACCAGCUCUCACAUGGGUAUCCACUGGUGGAAUCCUGGAUCUGUACAUUUUCUUGGGUCCUGACCCUCAAAGUGUGACACGACAAUACCUCCAGGUCAUUGGGUAUCCCAUGAUGCCUCCUUAUUGGUCUCUGGGCUUUCAUCUUUGUCGCUGGGGAUAUACAACUACUAAUGCAACCCGCAUGGUUGCAGAACGCAUGCACAGUGCAAACUUUCCUAUGGAUGUGCAGUGGAAUGACCUGGACUAUGCAGACAAGCGAAGGGUGUUCACCUUCGACCCUGUGCGAUUUGGUGAUCUUCCGGAGAUGGUCCAGGAGUUUCAUAAGAAAGGCAUAAAGUACAUUCUCAUUCUGGAUCCGGGCAUUAGCAGCACCAGCCUCCCUGGAACAUACCCGCCUUUUGAAAAUGGUGUGAAACGAGACGUGUUUAUUAAGAAUGCAUCUGGAGACAUUCUGAUAGGCAAGGUUUGGCCCGGCCCAACAGCAUUUCCUGACUUCACCAAACCCGAGGCCAGGCAGUGGUGGGAGGACUGCAUCAGAGACUUCUUCUCUAAAGUUCCUGUAGAUGGUCUGUGGAUAGAUAUGAAUGAACCGUCCAGUUUUGUCCAGGGAUCAGUGGUGGGCUGCCCUGACAGCGAGCUUGAGAAACCACCAUACACACCUAGGGUGGUUGGAGGCCAAUUGAACUCAGGAACCAUAUGUAUGUCGGCACAGCAGCAGCUGUCCAGUCAUUACAACCUGCACAAUCUGUACGGACUGACUGAAGCGUAUGCAACGCACAGCGCUCUCAUGAACAUUCAGGGGAAGAGACCCUUUGUUUUGUCUCGCUCCUCGUUCCCUGGCAUCGGGCGAUUUUCUGGAGUGUGGACAGGAGAUGUGAGGAGUGACUGGGAGCAACUUCGGUUCUCCAUCCCUGCCGUUCUGCAGUUCAGCCUGUUUGGAGUCCCCCUGGUGGGAGCGGACAUAUGCGGCUUUGAAGGCAACACCAACGAGGAGUUGUGUGUGCGAUGGAUGCAGAUUGGCGCCUUUUAUCCAUUUAUGAGGAACCACAAUGACAGGCCCAAUGCUCCUCAGGAGCCGUUUGUAUUUGGACAGAAGGCCCAAGCAGCCAUGCGGACUGCGUUGAACCUUCGCUACUCCCUUCUCCCGUUCCUCUAUACACUCUUCCAUCGCGCACACACAUCUGCUGACACUGUAGCUAGACCCCUCUUCAUGGAGUUUCCCACCGACCCUCAUUGUCGGACCAUAGACCAGCAGUUCCUGUGGGGGAGUUCACUUCUCAUCAGUCCUGUUUUAGAGCAAGGGGCAGUAGAGCUGAGUGCGUACCUACCUGCUGGAACUUGGUACCACCUGCACAAUGGUCAGCCGUUCCACAGUAACGGUCAGUACGUUCAGCUAUCGGCCCCGCUGGAAACAAUCAAUGUUCAUGUGAGGGAGGGGCACAUCAUCCCCCAGCAGGAACCUGCUUUGACCACAGCAGCUUCACGUGAAAACCAUUUCUUCCUGACGGUGGCGCUGUCCACUGGUGGCUGGGCACGGGGGGAGUUGUUCUGGGAUGACGGAGACAGCCUUAGAACUUUUGAAACACAAAAUUAUUGUUAUGUUAACUUCACUGCUGGACAGUCACAGAUAGUCAGCAACCCUCUCAACCUCAAUGGAGCCUUGGCCAGUCUUCUUCUGGGAGGCGUCCAGGUGUUUGGUGUGCCUUCACAACCUCUUUAUGUCUUGGUUAAUGGCGAGAAAGUUAUAGACUUUACGUAUAAGACGGACACAAAGGUUCUAACAGUGACUCCUCUGGUCUUGCCUAUGUCAAAGACAUUUACAGUCCAGUGGGUUCUUUGAUGCACCAAAUUUGUCAUAUUCUUUGCCUUUGCCCUGUGCUGCUAAAAUGAUCAGCUGCAUUAUUCUGUCAUCACACCAGCAGAUUUUCUUUAAGCCUUUGCAUGUAAACUAAAAAGUCAUUUGUUUUUUGUUUUUUUUAAAAUCAGGAUCAGUUAUAUUGAUCCUAUAAAAAUAGUUUUGUAAAUAUUGCUUUGUAAAUAGUGUUUGUAAAAUAUGCACAAAAAAAGACAUUUUUAUCUUGUGAUUUUACUUUUUGACCUUGAUAAGAUGCUCUAUUUGCUUGCUGAUAAUACUUUAUUACUCCUCAAAGUCAAGUCACUCCACCGCAAGAUGCAUUACUAAAAAUAAAUUUAUUUAAAAAAUUCAAAUUACAAAUUACUGAAUUUGCCCUCAGAAUUUAUGGAUUUAUAAAUUUCAAAGCAUCAGAGUAAAGACAGAUUAAUCCAAAUACAUUCCACUCUUUCAUCCUCUUCUUUGAGUUGAUGUAGUAAACAAAAUCCUAAUGAAAUUUAAGGUUGUAACCUGAAAAUUUCUGAAAAAAUAUCCCUCGUUAUGCAUAUCUUUUGAGGUCGCUGUUGUGUUGUCAGAGACCGGCUUUUAACAGGCAGCUGAAGACAGCAGAAGUGUGAUGAUGCUCUGAAUCCAGCUCUGGUCCUGAUGGUGGACCAGAGUUACAAAAGAUCUAAAAUCCAUCAUAAAAACCCAAAUUUCCAGUUAUGCGUCAAUAAUACUACGUGCCGGAAGUAGCUAUAUUUGAGGAGUGAUUGGUUAGGGGCUGUGACGUAAAGUCGAGACAUUAAAGAGGCAAAGAUAUUUCAGGAAGUAAAAACCAUUGUAUUUUACAUUAAAGUGUCAAGCAUGUUUCAAAUAUAAAGGCAUAUGACUUCUUAAAGGUCAUUUUACUUUGAAAGUCCAGAGCGGAAGUGUGUACUUUUGCCAUUGAAACAGCAGCAGUUAGGCGUGCGGCGGUGCCUCAUACAGUGAUAAACCUCUGCGAUAAAAAAAAGAAAAAAAGAGAACUGAGUUGAUAUUAACCCGAGCUAAACCCGUGGAAAGGAGCCGAACCUGGGGCUCUGUCCGCUUGCAGAGAUGGUUGUCCGGAGUGGGCUGUAGAUUCCUGCGGCGGGACUGAAGGUGAGAGCUCUCCACGCUGCUGCUGUAUCUGUUCAUUUAUUCCUGUCGCUGGAGCAGGUGUAUGCACACCAGUCACUGUAUCGUUCACUGUGGCCGAUAAGCAUGUAUGUUUUUUACAUGGUGUGUAUUGCAGAACCUCAGGCGUGCCUCUGACAGCUAAAAUAUUCACGUUAGAGGUGGUACUGACAGAGUCCCUGCUCGGACAUGCAACCCAGAGGAACUAAUGUUAGGCCUGGUGUAAAUAGCCUUGUCCAUCUGCUGCUGUCAGGCGGAUGCUGCCGAGGCUUGUCCCGCCAUAAGCAGGCUGACAGGGAGAGAACAUCCUCACUCACCCAGCAAAUACUAAGAAUUGCUGCUGAGAAAAAAUACAGAUGCUAGAUUUCCAUCUUCAUUGAACUGAAAGCUGAGACUCCUUUCUUGUUCGAGCUUUAAACGCAUCGACAUAAGUAUUUAUUUUGAAUAACUUCAAAUUGAAUGACAAUAAGACUCCAAAAUGGAGAAAAAAAUUGACCCCUCUUGUUAAAGUCGACACCCUCAAAUCCACAAUUUAUAGUGUAACUAACCCCUAUAUUAACUUGAUGUUGCUGAUAAACUGUAAGUAUUUAGCGCUCCAUCUUCAUGUUUUUGUGCAAAUUUUGGCUUUUUUUGUGUGUAAAUUUGUUUAGUUCUGCAAUAUUUUGCCUAAAACUGCCUCGGUGCUGGCCUCCUUAGGUCGAACAGUGCCUAAACAGUCAAAGUUUCCUAUUGGUUGCAGUGGUACAGCUUAGUACAACCUUAUCACAGUCUUAGUCCGGGUAUAAAACCAUCUCACUCAUUGCCUCACCUGGUGGAGAGUCAGGAGUUGGAGUAGUGUGCAUGGCUGUGGCCAGCUUUGAUCGAUUGCGUUACUCAGCUUAACAAAUGUGUGAUUUAUUUCCAGUGUGGACACCAAGGGAAUGGCUUUCCUCUGCUCUGACUUCUGACGGUUAUUCUGCAGGACACUCAUCCCCACGCUUGACGUGUCUCUCGGUUCUGCCCACUUUGGUGGACUUUUUCAAAAUUUAUCUGGGGAUGGGGGUUGUGCUCUCAAAGAGGAGUCAAUCGCACUUUAACCCUGCAAAGUUUUUGCUUCACUUAGAGAGGAGUGUUUUGUUUUUUACAUGUGGCUCAUGGGGCUAUAGGAAAAGCAACAAGACAUAUAAAAUAUAUUUAUCCUGGGUGAAAUCAAAAUAUUUUGUUUAUUUUGUUUUCUAAUGUACCGGUAGCUAUAUUUAUUUUGUGAUUUAAAAAAAUGCAUGUUGUGGUGACUGAAUUUUAUCACUGCAAACCAGUUAUAGAAAAGCAAAGCAUAAAAAAUGUACAAAAAUGUUUGCUUUGAAAUACAAAUAUCAAAUUGAAAUUCCAGCCGUUGUUCUUUUUAGUUGUCAGGAACAGAUACUAAAAGACUAUAGAAUUGGUUUUGUUUCCUUUUACAUAUUUAAAGUGAUAAAAACUUCAGAAAGAAGCAAAAAAAAUUCACUAGCUUUCUAAUAUUCUACACCUUGUACUUUUGCUUCACAAAUUUUGACACACUCCGAUCUUAGAUAUGUAAACUUGUUCAAGAUUCUUCCUUCAUUAUUAUAACAAUUUAAAGAAAAGCUGUGAUGAUGAUAAAGAGACCAAAUGCAAUCGUACACCUAAUGCUUUACGGCAAUAUACUAGUGGCUGUCUAACCUCUGCAGGGCUAUACAUUUUGCUGUUCAGUUUGCAAUUGAGUUUCUAGGUCUUCUUUGGAUUUAAUUUCUGGUCCUGAACCUUUAGGAGAUGCUGUAUAUUAGCUUAUGACAUAAUCGUUAAGAUAACAUUCCUCCUGAAACAGGAAACAUGUUUUUGAAGCACCCAAAAGAGUUUAAUCACGACUUAGAGUCCAUAAGGAUCUUGUUUUUCAGGGUGAUCUGUUUUCAGCUGCCCCGGGCAACCUCGUGAAUAGUGGAUAUGAAAGAGAGAUCUUCCAUUCACAUGUCAACAGAAGUGAGAAGCUAUCUGUGGCUGCUGCCCUCGCAGGUGAACUUUCUUUGUGUAGUUUUUAUUCUCUAAUUUAAGGUUCAAAAAAUAUGUCAGAGAGUUGGUUAAGAAGAAGUGGGUAAAAAUGUUCCAUUGAUUAUCGGACAGAGGAAGUGAAUCUAGGAAGGGGUCUCACUCCUGAGAUGUCUGAUGAAACACAGAAAGGUCAGAGGGGAGAGUCCGUCUGUGGGCACACUGAGGUGUUGACAGGAUUAAGGAUGAAGUGAGAGCAAGAGGCCGCUUUUUCUUAUCAGCCUGUGUGAACCUGAAUCUGAACCUGACACUGACCCUGGUUGCCCCCGCUGCAUUGAAGCUCAGCAGUAAAUAGCUCCUCGUUGCUAUGAAGCAGCAGAAAACUGUAAUGUACAAAGAUCUGAAUUCCACAUAAUCAGAAAGUUCACAUGGGGUCAACCAACAUUUUUCAUGUUGUACAGCUGCUGCUGUUACUCUUUCAUACCAGCAAGCAGUUUUGUUUGGUGUUAUUUGAUGAAGCACCUUGUUUUUCACAGUAAAUGUAUAGAUCUGGGGCCUUGCUAUGCCUAGAUGUAGUUAAUGAAGUGGCUUGCAGGAUAGAGAGGCCGCAGCACUUGUCUAGAAAAGUUGGAUUAUUUCAGACUCAGGUCCAGUUGAUAGUCUGAUUUGAUCUGAAUUAAAUUCAUUAUUUUGUAUAUUUCAGUACAAAUAUACUGGUUCUGAACCAGUGUUUCUUGUUCAGUGGUUCUGUGUUUAUUAGUAUUUGUUUUCUGGACAGAGGCAAUUGACAAAAACUAGUGCUUCCAUUAUCUCCUGUGUUUUGCACAGACUAAAUUGUGCUUACUCUCCUUGUUUUUCUUCCCUAUAGAAAGUACUCCUUUCUCAGUACUUCUGCGGCUAGCCAGCCUUUUUUUCUCCUGGACAAACAUAUUGACCAAUCAUAUUCUGCUAUCGCCAGUGCAUAUUCACUGCCAUUACUGAUGUCUACAGUUUUUUCUUUUCUUUUUGUUGUUGAAAGUACUCCUCCCUCUUUGCUAUUUUGCUUAGCUGUGUCUUUUUCCUGAAUCAGGUAAAUUGACUACGCUAUUACUACCACUAGGUAUGUAUAUUUAGUUUCCUGUCUCACAGAAAGUAUCCCUGGCUAAGUGCUUCUUUGUAUAAUUGUUCUUUUUAUUCUGGAUUGAGCUAUUGAUUGAAACCUUCCUGACAUGAACUGUGUGUACUCUCAGUACACACACAGUUUUUUAAAAUCUCCUUAGAAAGUACUUCUGUUUUUACCGAUGGACUAAGCUGAGCAAUCAAUAAAGCUAUUGCUGUCAGAAGUA